UAUAUCACAGCUAAACGUUUGUUUUAAAUCAUGAAUGCAUUUAUACAUCAAAUCUGAACUGGAGAAACACAACAAAUUCCAUCAAAUGAUGUCGGUGGCAACCACAAGAUGUUAGACUCAGAAGAAGGCGUUUCGUCAGUGGAUAACCUGUUUUAUGACGGGCCAGUAAUUCAUAAAGUGAAACCAUUAUGUCAGGGACAGGGCUCCUGGACGUUUGAUGCUCCACCCUCAUUAUCACAAAUACCUGCAACUCAAGACAUCCAAGGAGAGGCAACACACCUUUUCUCACUUAGUUGUUCUCAGAGAUCAAAGAAAUUUCUGCCUCCUGCACAAAAACCUAUUCACAAUCCAAUCGCAAGUGUCCAGUGGCAGACUGUGAAAUCACAUGAGCUGGAGGAAUCUGUUUUGUGGACCCAUGAAACUUCUAGAGAAAGACAUCAAGCUGUCGACCAGAUGGAUUUUGUGGAAGCAGGGCCUUCACCUACUGCCAGUGCUCCUCCCUUCAAGACUCGGUUGUUCAGAGCUCCCACGAGAAGGAUCUCAGGGAAUGAUGAAGACAGUAUCUCAAAUCAGAUGAUGUCGACAACAAAUGACACAGGUUUCCUUGGUCAGGUUGCCAUGACAAACACAGGUCCACAGCCUACACAUGCUGUUGCUACCUGUAGUCCCUUUAUUGACUUUGGCCAAUCAGAAAAAACAUGUGCGGUACCUUCAAAAACAAACCAUAAUGUCCAUUUUGGUUUCAAACCUGCAGAACUUGAAGGGUCAUCUGGAAAAGGAACACUACGUCCAGUCUCUGAAAUUCCUGCUAAAUUCAGAAGUGUGUUUAAAGAAUUUCCUUACUUCAACUAUGUGCAGUCCCAAGCACUGGAUGAUGUUCUGUACACCAAUAAAAAUUUUGUUGCCUGUGCUCCAACGGGCUCAGGGAAGACUGUCCUCUUUGAGCUGGCCAUUAUUCAACUACUGAUUGAGGCUUCAGACGACUGGCACAAUGUCAGAGCUGUGUACAUGGCACCAAUUAAGGCUCUUUGCAGUCAGCGUUUUGAAAACUGGAAACAGAAGUUUGGACCCCUUGGACUAAACUGCAAGGAGUUAACUGGAGACACAGAGAUUGAUGACAUUUUUGAAAUCCAAGAUGCUCAUCUGAUUUUUACAACUCCUGAAAAAUGGGACAGCAUGACAAGGAGGUGGAAGGAUAACCGUUUAUUGCCAUCUGUUAGUCUCUUCCUCAUUGAUGAGAUACAUGUAGUCAAAGACAAAACCCGUGGAGCAACUCUUGAAGUUGUGGUCAGCAGAAUGAAAACCAUGCACUCGUAUCAACUGGCUGUAAAUCCAAAAUCAAAAGCAUCAACACGAUUUGUGGCUGUCUCAGCUACCAUCCCAAACAUCCAGGAUGUAUCUGAAUGGCUUUCGGAUGAGUCAGGGCCUGCCACUUGUUUGGAGAUGGAUGAGACUCACAGGCCUGUGAAACUGAGGAAAGUGGUGCUUGGGUUCCCCUGUGGAAAUAAUCAGAAUGAAUUCAAGUUUGAUCUUUCUCUCAACUACAAAAUGGCUAACGUUAUUCAAACCUACUCUGAUCAAAAACCAACCCUUGUGUUUUGCUCCACAAGAAAAGGAGUUCAACAGUCUGCUUCUGUGCUUGCCAAGGAUGCCAGAUUCAUUAUGAGCCUCGACCACAAACAAAGACUGAUGAAAUAUGCAAACUCUCUGCUUGAUGCAAAACUCAGAGAUCUAUUUAUUUGUGGCAUUGGAUAUCAUCAUGCUGGCAUGGAUGUGUCAGACAGGAAAAUGAUUGAAGAAGCAUUUACUGUGGGUGACUUGCCAGUGUUAUUUACUACCAGCACCCUUGCUAUGGGUGUGAAUCUGCCUGCACACCUUGUGGUAAUCAAAUCCACAUUGCACUAUGUUGGUGGUGCAUGUGAAGAGUACAGUGAAGCUGACCUUUUACAGAUGAUUGGGAGAGCUGGCAGACCUCAGUUUGAUACAACAGCAACUGCAGUGAUCAUGACCCGAUCUCAGACAAAGGAUAAAUACACACAUUUCUUGAGUGGCAUAGACAGCAUUGAGAGCAGCUUGCAUACAAACUUGGUGGAGCACUUGAAUGCAGAGAUAGUUCUCCAUACCAUAUCUGACGUGAAUAUGGCUCUAGACUGGAUCCGCUCCACCUUCCUGUACAUCCGUGCUUUGAAAAACCCCAAACACUAUGGUUUUUCUCCUGAGCUUGACAAAUGCGGAAUUGAGACUAAAUUACAAGAGCUGUGCUUGAAGAACCUCAACUCUUUGGCCUCUUUCAACCUGAUAACCAUGGAUGAAGACAUUAACAUCAAGCCCACAGAGAUUGGAAAACUCAUGGCCAGGUACUGUGUUGCUUUUGACACUGUGAAGCAGUUCAGUAUGGUGACAGGAACAGAAACAUUACCCGAACUGAUUGAAAUGAUAUCGAAGGGGAAAGAAUUCAGUGAUGUGCAGUUGAGAGUAAAUGAAAAGAAAACCUUGAACAUGUUGAACAAGGAUAAGAACAGAACCACCAUCAGGUUUCCUAUGGAAGGAAAGAUCAAAAGUAAUGACAUGAAAGUGAAUUGUCUGAUUCAAGCUCAGCUCGGCUGCAUCCCCAUUCAGGAGUUUGGACUCAUACAGGACACUGGAAGAAUAUUCAGAAAUGGAAAUAGAGUCAGCAGAUAUCUGACUGAGUUUCUCAGUCAUCACUCCAAGUCGAAUUUCUCAGCUCGACUCAAUUCUUUAAUUCUUGCCAAAUGUUUUCGAGCUAAACUGUGGGAGAACUCGCCUUACAUCUCCAGACAGCUUGAGAGGAUAGGAUUAACACUUGCCAAUGCUAUGGUGAAUGCAGGGCUUACAACAUUCAGCAAAAUUGAGCAGACCAGUCCUAGAGAAUUAGAAAUAAUUGUGAACCGACACCCUCCAUUUGGGAACCAGAUUAAGGACACUGUCAGCAAACUUCCGAAAUGUGAAGUUACUUUGGAACAGAUUCCACGAUACAGUCUCUCCACAGCUGAGAUUUCUGUCACAGUGAACUUGAUGAAUUUCAAGGAGUUGGCAUCAAAACAGACAGCACCAGACCACCAUUUUGUCACCCUCAUUAUUGGAGACUGUGACAAUAAUGUAGUUUUCCAGCAGAAAAUCCUGAACACAUUGCUCUCGAAAUCUGGGAGCUGGUCAAAGAGAAUUGAGGUGACAAGAGCACCUAAGGGAGAGGAGCUAAGCAUUCAUUUGAUCAGCUCUGAAUACGUGGGACUGGACGUUCAGAAGAAGUACAGCGUCUACUACUCAGGAGUGAAAAGGUUUGGAGCUGAGUCCAUUACAGAGAACCCUACAUGGAGAGUUCAGAGGAUUUACAAGAUGGAGAAGACACAAGACACUACACUGACAGCUCCAGCUCCGUCAAACAGAGAUCCAGCGGCUCUGAAUAUAGGUAAGAGACAGUGCCAUCAUCUUUGCAAAAACAAGGAGCUCUGUGGACAUGACUGCUGCAAAAUUGGUGUGAUUAAAAGGUCUGCAAGUCAGUCAAAUUUCACCUCGUACCUCAACAAUCUAAAAAUAAGGAACGAGAGACUCAGUGAGACUCCUGUGAAACGUUUAAAGAUGAGGAUGAAUAAUGGGACAGCAGCUGCAAGCAUGCAGCAGUUCUCAUACAAACCCAAAGACACACUUCCUGCUGCCAAGAAGUUUGAGGGAAGUCAGUGUUACACUCAAAGUACAUAUGAAAUCAAGGACCUAGAGGCCAGUUUUGACACUCAACAUGUGAAUUCAUCAUUUGAGUCAUACCAUGAUGGUUACAAUGAUAAGCUGGGAGACAUUUAUUCUGAAAUUGGAGACCCAGCAUUAAGACAUUCUCAACCUUUGGCUUUACCUCAAAGGGUUUUGAUUCACAGUCAGCUCAAGCCAUGCAAUGAUGGAAAGAUGAACAGAAUAAGUGCUAAUCAAGCAAGUGUUUAUACUGCCCUUGCAAACCCAGAGCACAGUGCUGACUCUGAUCAGCUCUGGUCUGGUUCUCUUGAUGUGACCUUUGACCUGGGAGUAAAUGAUUGGGAUGAUUUUGAUGAUGGUAACCUAGUUGAAGCUAGUGAGGUGUGCUGUGAUUACAAACUAUACAACCCAAUGACAGACCAUGAUCAAUCUUCAAAUGCUGGAGGUUUGGCUUCAGCCUCACAAUGUACAGCACAAACCAUACAAGGAACUGCAAGUCCUGUCUUGCCACAAAGGAUCCUACCAAUGGCUGCUACCUCUCAAAUUCCGGUGUGUUCAGAAAUGAGUAUGAAGUCCCUUUCAAACCAGAGUCAAGCCAAAACACCUUCAGUCCAAAGAAGAUUUGAUUUUAUCACAUGGACAGAUGCAGCUUUGAAGGAAAACACACCUGUUAGCAGGGAUCACACAAAGGACAUCUGCAAUGAGACCAGUGUUUUUCUGGGUAUGUUUGAUGGCCUUUUUUAGAGUUGUUGUAAAGGAUCCCUGGCACAUUUAACACUGUUGUGUAAGAAUGUUCUUGGUUUAACGUUGAAUGUGAAUGACAAAAAGAAAAGUUAUAUGUUGGCAAAUAUGUUGGCUGAACUGUAUUUUAAGAUUGAAUAUUUAAGAAAUAUUGGAAAUUGCUCUGUAAAUAUUACAUGUGUAAGACACAGAUUUUUAGUACUUCCAAAAUUGUCAUGAAUGGUAAAAGUUUUUGUCUCUUGCCUUUUUUUUUAAGGGUUAGGGUUAGUUUUGAUUAGCUUUAUAUAAAAAUACAAGUCUAUGUUAUGAUAUCUACAUAGCUGAAUACACCUCAAGAUGUUUAUUUGUGCCUUAAAAAAUAU